AUGGAACUUCUAGGUGGCCGAGUGCCCUUCACCCAGUUUCAGGAGGAAAAGUACCAGAUGCUGGAACUGAACCAGCGACUCGAAUCGUACUUAGGCCAUGUGAAGCUUCUGGAGGAGGAAAACAAGCUACUGCGAGAGGAGAUCCACACUCUCAAGAGCAGUAAGGAACCACCAGGCCAGCGCAAAGCUCAAGAGGAGGCUCUCAGCCAGGCCAGGAGGAUGUUGGAGGAGGCCUGGAGGAAUAAAGAUCGUGUGGUAAUGGAAGUGGAAAACUUGAUGGAGGAUAUAGAGGUAGUGAGUAUUCAAAGACAGAAGGCAAAGAAUGCACAGGCAGAAGCUCAGAGAAAACUCAUGGAGAGCAGGAAGGAGCUGGAAGAAGAAAAUAGAGCUCCGAUAUGGCUCAGAGAAAAGGCUGGCCAACUUGAGAAAGACCUCUUGCUACAGAUGCAAGUCCACCAGAAAAACAUGGAAACCUUGCAUGCCUCUCUGAAACAGACAAAGCAAGUCUUGAUGGCUCCACAACCCACUCAAACUACCAGGAUCCCAGACCUGGGACAAGAGUACAGCUACAGAGCAGCUCAAGCCUGGCAGGAGGCAACCAACAACUAUCAGAGACUGGUUGGACGCCUGGAAGAAAGUCUAAACCAAGCCAAAGCUAACAUGGCAAAGAUUCAUCAGGAGAAGAGAGAAAACCAGCAUCAAGUUCAGCAUUUGGCAAAGGAGCUUGAGAGCACUAAGACUAAAAGACAGAUGUUGGAGAAAAAUGUAGUGCAGCAGAGAGAAGAACAUACACAGGAGCUUCAAUAUCUUCAGGCCCAAGUAGAUGCUCUGGAGCUGGAGAAAGACAGCCUGGGGCAGCAGAUAGACAGCCUGAUGGUGGACAGACAAAAUCUUCUGCAGGUCAAGAUGUCUCUUGGAAUGGAGGUGGCCACAUACAGAGCUUUGUUGGACAGCGAGGGCCAGAGAAUUGACAGACCAACAACAAAAAAGACCAGUUCUGCUUUCUUUUUAGAUGUGCUCUCAAAGCCCACUGGGACCCAGCCAGCCUCACAGACUACUGCUUCUUCCUGCCAUGUCAGCAAUACUGUGUCUACAAGUCACAGAUCAAUCACCUCCUCUCACACUCUGCUGACCAGAGCGACUCCAUCAUGGACCCCGACUCGAGGGACUCCACAAAGAACACCGACCAGUACCUCAGUGACAGAAAAGACAAAGGUUCAUAUCUCAGAGGAGACUGAGAAAGCUGCUGAGGAGUCUGUGGAUCAUGUACAGCAAGAGAAAGUCCAUGAAGACAUGGUCCUCAAAACAACACUCCCCGCUGCAGAACCAGAACCACAGCUCAAACCAGAAGAUACUGAGAUUAAGGAGGAUGAACCAAUACAGUUCAUGAAAGCUCAGAUGGCUGAAUGUAAAACUGAUGCAUCUGCAUUCAUAAGUGUGUCAGCUGACCAACCAAGUAAAUUGUCCCAAACUUCAGAGACAGAAAUCUGGGCUGGUCCAUUCACAGAUCCUGCAGGGGAUUCAGAAGAAGGGAAGGAUGAGGACACUGAAGUGUCUUUUGAAAUGGCCCAGUUCUCACAUGCACCUAAGGUUGCUUGUGAAGAAAAUAAAACCGUAGCAAAGGACAAAAAUGAUGAUGCCUCUGAGAUGGAAGUAAGAUCAGAGAACAUCUGUGAAAGCCACUUAUUUGCAUAUGGAGAUGCAGAGAAUGAUGAUGAUGAUGCAUUAAAAUCUAGCCAUAUCAGUGCAAACACCAGUAUGAUGGGUUCAUCGUUCCUCGAGCAAGGAACUUUAGAUAUGGCUGGUGAUUUUGGCUAUCAUGAACAUUUAAUGGAGGUAGAUAAACAGGACAAUGUGAGCAAUAUUAGUGAAGAGGGAAAAGAGCAAAUGAACAGUGAAACUGAGGCAGUGAUCGAUUCAAUGAAUGAGUUGGAUAGACAGGAAGAAAUUGAACCAGAGAAUGAGAUGAAAGAUGUGAGCCCUGACUCUGAGGAGGAAGAAAAAGAUGAAAUUAACAUUGAUGCUGACACAAAGGUUAAAAAAGAAGAUACAAAUGUGACUGAAAUAGAAGAAGAAGAGAUAGAAGUGAUUAAAAGUGACUUUUCUAUGCUGGAUGAAGGUGUAGAUUCGUCUAUGAACAGUGAUCAUCAGGAGAGUUUAGAAAAGACUGUACUGCCAACUGAACCCUAUUCAGAUCAGACAGUAAAUGAAGAAGAUCUUUCGAAACCAGAAGAUACUGAGAUUAAGGAGGAUGAACCGAUACGGUUCAAAAAAGCUCAGAUGGUUGAAUGUAAAACUGAUGCAUCUGCAUUCAUAAGUGUGUCAGCUGACCAACAAAGUAGCUUGUCCCAAACUUCAGAGACAGAAAUCUGGGCUGGUCCAUUCACAGAUCCUGCAGGGGAUUCAGAAGAAGGGAAGGAUGAGGACACUGAAGUGUCUUUUGAAAUGGCCCAGUUCUCACAUGCACCUAAGGUUGCUUGUGAAGAAAAUAAAACCAUAGCAGAGGACAAAAAAGAUGAAGCCUCUGAGAUGGAAGUAAGAUCAGAGAACAUCUGUGAAAGCCACUCAUUUGCAUAUGGAGAUGCAGAGAAUGAUGAUGAUGAUGAUGAUGAUGCAUUAAAAUCUAGCCAUAUCAGUGCAAACACCAGUAUGAUGGGUUCAUCGUUCCUCGAGCAAGGAACUUUAGAUAUGGCUGGUGAUUUUGGCUAUCAUGAACAUUUAAUGGAGGUAGAUAAACAGGACAAUGUGAGCAAUAUUAGUGAAGAGGGAAAAGAGCAAAUGAACAGUGAAACUGAUGCAUUGAUCGAUUCAAUGAAUGAGUUGGAUAGACAGGAAGAAAUUGAACCAGAGAAUGAGAUGAAAGUGGUGAGCCCUGACUCUGAGGAGGAAGAAAAGGAUGAAAUGAACAUUAAUGCUGGCAAAAAUAAUAAAAAAGAACAUGAAAAUGUGACUGAAAUAGAAGUAGAGAUAGAAGUGAUUAAGAUUAAAAGUGACUUUUCUAUGCUGGAUGAAGGUGUAGAUUCGUCUAUGAACAGUGAUCAUCAGGAGAGUUUAGAAAAGACUGUACUGCCAACUGAACCCUAUUCAGAUCAGACAGUAAAUGAAGAAGAUCUUUCGAAACCAGAAGAUACUGAGAUUAAGGAGGAUGAACUGAUACGGUUCAAAAAAGCUCAGAUGGUUGAAUGUAAAACUGAUGCAUCUGCAUUCAUAAGUGUGUCAGCUGACCAACAAAGUAACUUGUCCCAAACUUCAGAGACAGAAAUCUGGGCUGGUCCAUUCACAGAUCCUGCAGGGGAUUCAGAAGAAGGGAAGGAUGAGGACACUGAAGUGUCUUUUGAAAUGGCCCAGUUCUCACAUGCACCUAAGGUUGCUUGUGAAGAAAAUAAAACCGUAGCAGAGGACAAAAAAGAUGAAGCCUCUGAGAUGGAAAUGCAGAGAAUGAUGAUGAUGAUGAUGAUGAUGCAUUAA